AUGCUUCACAAUUUGUUUAUAAUUUUGUGGAAAAACUUACUGAUAAGAAAAAAUCAUUACAUAGCUACCACCGCAGAAGUUAUAAUUCCUGUAGGCUUAAUUAUUUUAGCCAAUUUGGCAUUACCCAAAUUUUCUCACGAGAUUGAUAAUGAUCCCAUGUCUUUUGAUGCUUUUGAAAUAAAUGAAUGCAAUUAUCGACAUGGAUAUUAUGACAAUAUAGUUUAUGAACCAUCAACUCCAUUUAUUGAUUCACUCAUGCAGAAAGCAUCUUGUUAUGCUGGCUACAAAAAAUCAUAUUUUUAG